AUGGUCAAAAAUCCUAUUGACUCUUUUAACGAUUUCAUUGAUGACAAAAUAGUACAAAAGAUCUGCGACGAAACAAAUUUAUAUGCGUUACAAACCAAAGGCGCAGAAUUGAAAGGACUCUGCGAUAACAUUGAUGUGUCACCGGAGUUGUUCAAUGACUUAGAAAUUUGUUUUAAUUUAAGACAACUUAAUCAAACUCCCUUAAUGCUUCGUGCCCGUAGAGCUUUGGACUGCGAUAUGCCGUAUCAAUUACGUUACAUUGGUCAAGCAGAAAUGGACCGAUCUCGACCAACUCUAGUUCGUUCUAGUAUAGACAUCGGAUGUACUUCUUCAGUUUUAGAUUUUCUAACUGAACUAGGUUGUCGCAUUGAUUUUGAAUUCAUUAGUAGAGGCUUCAUGUUUCGUAAGGGCCGGAUGAAAAUAACCGUUGCAAAAAUAAUAAAAAUUAUCCCUGGUAACCAGCAAGAUGUAGGAAGUGAGUCUCUAUCUCAAAGUCAUCUCGUAGAGUUGUCAGUACUAGCACCAAAUGGACAUGAAGCACUUAGUGAAGAAAUGCGUAUAUUUGCUGAACAAUUAAAACCUUUAGUCCAACUUGAAAAAAUGGAUUACAAAAGAUUAGGAUCUUUAUCAUAAAUGAAAUAUAAUAAUUUUAUGUAAAGAUAUAUGUACAAUUAGAAAUAAAUACAAAAAUAUUUAUACUUA